AUGCUACCUGUCCGCGCGCUGAUUUACUUGUUUCCCUCGCGUGAUCUGGCAACCCCGACCGAACUGCGACAGCGCCAAUGGCAGCAAAACACAACUGUUCCCGGCGAGGAGGAGGAUGACAGCAACAAGGUGAGACGAGCUCCGUCUGAAGUCGGCGAUGGCACUGAUGUACGCGCACGGGACGGAGCGAGUCGUGAUGCUUUGCUGUCGGUAAAGCGUCGCCCGAGCAACUCGUUUACCGUCAACUUUAUCUGA